AUGGUAGUCUUAUGUGUCUCGCAGUCGAUUUUUUUAUUCACAAAGGAUCCUCCCGGCCCCGAGCAAGAUGCGCGACUCAAGCACGGUUUGCAAGCCCUGAUCAACCGCCUCAAACACAACGGCGUGCUCAUCAUUAUCGACAUCGAGAAGAAUUACGAUACAAAGCCUGAUGGUUCUGGAAGCAAGGAGAUCAUCGCAGCAUUGAAGGAAUUGGGUAUGGAAGAUGUCGGGGUGAUGAAAGAUCAGCAUUUUCAGUGGCAUGCAAAGGAUGAGACAGGAAGGAACUAUCAGAACGCUCGGGCGGACGUGAUGCAUGCGCCGAUGGAAGAUAGAGAGGAGAUGUUCCUCAUACUCAGAGCCACGAGAGGAAAAGGGUAUCUGCAGGCGGGGGAGCAGCGGUGA